AUGAACUCUCCCAUCACCGUGUCUCCGCAGGUGGCCUUUCGACAGGAACGUGCUGCUGCUUCGGCUACCUCAACCGAGGCCGAGCAAGUGUUGCCUCCGGAGUCUGCUGCAGCCAACGCCUUGGGAAGUAGUGUUGGGGUCAGUGGUUUAAGAGCUGAGGGUGUAGAGGAGGGCUAUGGUCCAGUGCGUCGUCGUUUGUCCGCUAAAUCUAGUCCUAUGCUGCUGCGUCCUCAGGGCAUGCUUCCCGAUGAUUUCUCUGACAUGAUGCAAGAGGUCGACAGCCGUGGCACCAAGCGAGAGGCUUCCACUGAGCCUGCCGAGACAGCAAGCUCCAAACGAGCUGCUCCGACGCCCGACGCGUCUCCGGAAGCAGAUGAAUCGCUGUGUGUGCAAGCCAAUGCCGUAGACUUGUUCUCGUCAGCCGCAUCCUUUGAGACCCUUGUGAUAAAUCAUGUGAACAAGCGAGCCGCCAAGGAAGUGCCGGCCACCGGCAAUCCCCUUGAUGUGCAACCCUUGGUGGACGAGGCUAAGCUGAUAGAAUGGAACACAAUCGAAAGCAGGCAUGCAGGUAGGAUUGUGUUUGGUCGUGAAGCAGAGGAUGUUCGCAAAAGGUUUGGCCAUAGGAUCAUGGGUAGCAGGUUUGUGUGUACCUGGAAGCAAGAAGAAGACGCCCCGCGUCGCAUGAAGGCGCGCUGGUGCCUACAGGGUCACCUCGACCCCGAUCUUCGCACCAAGGCACUUGCAGGGGACUUGCAGAGUCCCACGUUGUCUCAGGUCGGUCGUUCCAUGUUGUUUCAGAUUCUCGCAUCAAACAAGUGGACACUGCGUCUAGGGGAUAUCAAGGGUGCUUUCCUCGCCUCAGGUGCUCUCCCAGCCCAGUACAAACCCCUGUAUGCUACGUUGCCUCAGGGAGGCAUCCCCGGGAUUCCGUCUGAUGCACUGAUCGAGGUGCUUGGCCAUGUCUAUGGUUUGAAUGACGCCCCGUCAGCGUGGCAACGCACGUUGGACCGGGCCCUUCACGAGGCCGGCUUCGAACGAAGCCGCCUGGACCCAUGCCUCUAUUUUCUUCGCGAUGAGGGACGACUCACAGGAGUCUAUGGAGUCCACGUGGAUGAUUGUGCCACAGGUGGGGUGGGUGAAAAGUAUGAGCAAGCACUUGAGAUGUUAAAGGGUCGGUUUGAAUUCCGUAAGUGGCGGUUAGGAGACGGUGACUUCUGCGGUGCACGCUACCGUCAGAAUCCUCAGACCUUUGAGAUUACGAUGACUCAGGAGUCCUUUGUGGACAAGAUCCGGCCGCUCCGGAUGACUCGCCGACGUGCCCAGGAGCGGCACUCACCCUUGACUGAUGAAGAAGUUAAGUGCCUGAGGGCAAUCAAUGGUAGCUUGAAUUGGCUGUCGUCGCAGUCGCGUCCCGACCUAGCCACCCAGGUUUCCUUCUCUCAGCAGUCAUUCCCCAAACCUACGGUUAAUGAUGCGCUAGCCGCUAAUAAUGCAGUAAGAAGGGCUCGGCAGCACCGGCAGCUGUCAAUUACCUUUCGGAGCAUUCCGCUCCCCGGCCUGGCCGUGCUGUGUCAUUCUGAUGCUGCCUAUGCCAAUGGGCGAGAUGGUGCCACUCAAGCUGGCUAUGUCAUAGGGUUUACUGACCGUAGUGUUGAUGAGGAUAAAGUCACAGCAUGGUCGCCGGCCUUUUGGAAGAGCUAUCGUCUUCCCAGAGUCGUGAGCUCAACCUUGAGCGCUGAAGCUCAGGCCCUUGCAACAGCUUCAGGCAUGGCCGAGUGGACUCUCCUGCUUUUGAGUGAGGCCAUCGAUGGACCGUGCCAUCUUAGGUCCUUCUGGAGCGUUGCAGCCAAGCGUAAGAGUGUUUUCGUUACCGACUGCAAGAGCUUGUUCGAUCAUCUGAUGUCCCGCUCGGCCCCAACUCUCGAUGAGAAGCGUACUGCACUAGACAUUGUGAUCCUUCGUGAAAGCUUGCAGAAGACUCAGGGUUCUCUUAGGUGGGUGCCCACGGAUCGUAUGCUGGCUGACGCCAUGACCAAGGAGUCAGCUGAUGCCUUAGAUAUGCUCAGGGCAUGCCUGCGCGAAGGGUCAUACCAGAUCUCCGAUGAGAGUACCAUACUCCGAUGGCGCUCCGAUGAAAAGGAGCGUCGCAAGCUCCUGUCGCAGAGCAAAGUUUCCACUCCUGCUGAUGAUGUGCACUGCGAGCCCAGUUGUUAA